GCGGAAGUCGGCCGCUCGCUAGGUCCCGGCACUGACCGCAGCGAGCCCCCGCCGCCCGCGGGCCCCGGAGCCAGCCCGCACCGGAUUGUAGGUUUGGGAGCGCGCAUCUCCUGGUGUCGACUGAAUCUUGCUGGCUCUUCAGUGUCCCGCCUGCCCUUCAGUCUGAUGCCUGUCCAGCCCUCCGAUCCCCUGGAAUGGAAUGAGUCUAUGCACUCCCUCCGGAUCAGUGUGGGGGGCCUUCCCGUGCUGGCGUCCAUGACCAAGGCCGCAGACCCCCGCUUCCGCCCCCGCUGGAAGGUGAUCCUGCCGUCCUUCGUGGGUGCCGCUGUCCUCUGGCUGCUCUACGCCCACCGCCCUCCUCCUGGCCGGCCCCCUGUGCCCAAUGCCCACAACUGGAGGCUCGGCCAGCCACCUGCUGACCGGUACAAUGACACCUAUCCCCUAUCAGCCCCCCAGAGGACCCCCGGCGGGACUCGGUACAGAAUCGCCGUCAUUGCCGACCUGGACACGGAGUCAAGGGCCCAAGAGGAAAACACCUGGGUCAGUUACCUGAAGAAGGGCUAUCUGACCCUGUCAGACAGUGGGGACAGGGUGGCCGUGGAGUGGGACCAAGGCCGUGAGGUCCUGGAGUCCCACCUGGCAGAAAAGGGGCGGGGCAUGGAGCUGUCGGAUCUGAUUGUCUUCAAUGGGAAGCUCUACUCCGUGGACGACCGGACAGGCGUUGUCUACCAGAUCGAAGGCUCCAAGGCCGUGCCCUGGGUGAUCCUGUCCGACGGCGACGGAACCGUGGGGAAAGGACAGGGGCUCCCAGGCAAGGCCAUGGCCCCCCUGCGGCUCCUGUGGAUGUGGCUGCUGGUGGCGGGGAUUCAAGGCGUGAAAGACGGCGACAUGCGGCUGGCCGACGGGGACGCCGCCAACGAGGGCCGCGUGGAGAUCUACUACAGCGGCCAGUGGGGGACGGUGUGUGACAACCUGUGGGACCUGACAGAUGCCAGCGUUGUCUGCCGAGCCCUGGGCUUCAGGAAUGCCACCGAGGCUCUGGGCAGAGCCACCUUCGGGCCAGGAAGGGGCCCGGUCCUGCUGGACAAGGUGCAGUGCACAGGGACAGAGCCCUCGCUGGCCAGCUGCACAUUCCCGGGCUGGAUGAAGAGCCACUGUAGUCAUGACAAGGACGCCGGCGUGAUCUGCACCAACGAAACCAGAGGCAUCCACACCUUCGACCUGUCCAGCGAGCUCCCCGCAGCUCUAGAGCAGAUCUUUGAGAGCCAAAAGGGCUGUGACCUGUUCAUCACGGUGAAGACGAAGGAGGAGGACGAGCUGGGCAUCUGUGCCCACAAGCUGAUCCUGUCCACCAACCCCGAGGCACACGGCCUGUGGAAGGAGCCGAGAAGCAGGGUCACCAUGGAGGUGGACACCGAGUGUGUGCCUGUCGUCAGAGACUUUAUCAAGUACCUCUACUCCCGGAGGAUCGAUGUCUCUCUGUCGUCAGUGAGGUGCUUGCACAAGCUCGCCUCUGCCUACGGGGCCAAGCGGCUGCAGAGCUACUGCGGGCACCUCUUUGCCAUCCUCCUCCCCGAGGACCCCUCUUUCCGGACGCCCCUGGACCUCUAUGCCUAUGCCCUGGCCAGCCGGGACCCCGUGCUGGAGGAGAUCUGCGUGCAGUUCCUGGCCUGGAACUUUGGGGCCCUGACGCAGGCCGAGGCCUGGCCGAACGUCCCCACGGCCCUGCUCCGAGACCUGCUCUCCAGGAGUGAGCUGGUCACGCCCAGCGAGCUGGCCGUGCUGCUGGCCUUGGAUGAAUGGAGCCAGGAGAGGCGCAUCUCCCGCGGGGAGGUGGAGGGCCUGCUGGAGAGGGUGCGGUUCCCCAUGAUACUACCCAGGGACCUCUUCACGCUGCAGUUUAACCUGUCCCUGUACUGGAGUCACAAGGCGCUCUUCCAGAAGAAGAUGCUGCAGGCCCUGGAGUUCCACACCGUGCCCUUCGAGCUGCUGGCUCAGUACAGGGGCCUGAACCUCACCGAGGACAUCUACCAGCCCCGGCUUUACACCUCGCCCACCUGGAGCGCCUCCGUGAUGGGUUCCGAUUACGACCGCUACCGGUCCUUCCAGACGCCCCAGCACCCCAGCUUCCUCUUCCAGGCCAGCUCAGUCUCCUGGUCUUUCGUCUACCUCCCCACCAUCCAGAGCUGCUGGAACUACGGGUUCUCGUGCUCCUCUGACGACCCCCCACUCCUGGGCCUCUCCAAGUCUAGCUACUCCAAUCCCACCAUCGGUUAUGAAAACAAGGCCCUGAUGCUCUGUGGGGGGAACUUCGUGGCGGACGUCACCAACUUCGAGGGCUGGAAGGCCCUGAUCCCCGGCGCCCUGGGCACCAACAGCUCCAGGAGGGCUUCCUUCUUCCCCUGCCCGGCAGGGUCCUUCAGCAGCUUCCAGGUCGCCAUCCGUCCCUUCUACCUGACCAACUGCACGGGUGUGGACUAGACCCGAGGCUGGGGGAGCCGGGGUGGCAGGAGCACCCAGAGGCUGGGCACCUCCCAUCCUUCACCUCCUCUCUGCAACCGUCUCCAACCACCGGCCACCAGAUGGCCCCCCUGCUUCCCUUGAUCUCUCCGAGCUUAAAGAAAUUACUGGAAGGUUUCAACUAGUCCACAGACCGAGAACUCCUGCUUCCCGCUGCCUGACUGGUUUGUUGGGGAGCCACAAGCCGUGAACCAGGAGCUGUCGGGUCUCCUACCCUGCCUUUCACUCCGCCCUCUGCUGUCCCUUAUCUGAGAUCAUUGAGAUUGCACUGUGGUUCCCAAGUUCUCUCGUUCAUGCAGAAAGAGUUAUUGAGUCCACUGGGUGUUCGGACACUGGGUGUGCUGGGCCCCGGGGUCCAGUGAAGGAGCAGACCCAGUCCUUUCCACGUGAAGCUGCAGUCUUGUGGGUGAGACAGGCGAUCACAAGUAAACAAACACCUGGGGUAAAUACAAGCUGGAAUAAUGGGUGAUGGAAACCAGAGAGUGGCAGGGGGGAGGCACAGGCAGGAGCUACUUUAGUGGAUCUCAGUGGAGAAAUGAAGAGUGAGGGGCAGCAGAUGUGGGGGAAUGGGAGGAGGGCGUGUUCCAGGUAGAAGGAACAGCACGUGCCUGGGAUCUUUUCUCCAUCAAUCCUUGCACAUGUGCACAGGGAUGGGGGCAGAGAUUCUCAUCUCAGCGUUGUUUGUAAAAAUGGAAAUUUGCAAAGAACCUUAAAAGGCCACCAACAGAGUGCUUGACCACAAAUAAAAGACACCCACGAUGGGGGGGGGUGGUCAGGCAGAAGAAGGAUAUACUAGAAGGAUACUGGAAGACCCACAGAAUCUAGGCCAAGGAGGGGGGACCGGGCCUGGAGUUCCGUGGGUACAUCCCGUUAGAAUGCCAUCACCGGGUUCUGGGCGCUGGAGGCUGCCCCUACCGGAGCAGGGCAGGAAUUCUAAACUCUCCCCGCUUCUUUGUGAUGCACACUCCAGGCACAGGGCCCCAGUGGAAGCAUCUGGUUGGCCAGGCUCAGGCCAUGUGCCCUCCACUCUUGGCCAGGGUCUGAGAGAACAAGUAUCUGGACUGUUUUGGCCUCGAGAAGGGAGGCGGCACAAGGUUCACCCAAUGGGAGGGAGGUUCACGGGCCGGGCAGCCCAGACUCAGCCGUCCCCGCCGCCACACACUCCUCUUCCCCAGCGGCCCUGCGAAAACAAAAGCAGGGCCACAAAGCCUCCGCCUGAUCCCACACAGCUUCACCCCUUCCCGAAGGGGGCCCCCAGGCCACCCCCACCCCGGGCUCCGGGCCCACCAUCUUGGCCACCUCUGUAGCGGUCCUUUGACAUUUAAAAAAUCUAUCACUUUAAAUCACACUGUUGACCAUUGCCAUCACCACUGUCGGCCACAUCAGCAGGUAAAGGAAGACAGAAAGGAAAUGUUCAUUAUCAGUGUGCACCAGACACGCACAGGGGAAUGCUGUCCUCGCUGUAGCAAUGAGUCAAGAGACCACAGCGUCUCCCCUCUCCUACCCACUCCGUGGACCUCUGCCCACAGCCAGCACCGCGGCAGUGAAGGUACAGGCCUGGUCAGAUAACCAGAACCUUCCAGAGAGCUCAAGGCCCCGGUGGAUUCUGGCUGUAAGGCAAUCUACAGCCCCACAUCGAGCCAUUGGAUUCCGGCAGUUUGAGGAGACACCCGAGAAAUCACCGAGUUCCUUCCAUCCUCCUUGUGGGCUUUCGAGUGGCGGACCUGUCCCCCUGACGAUCAGGGCCCACCAGCCCAGGGCAGGCCUCCUGCUUUCUUUCUGCAUGCAUUUGCCCAAGCACAUGAGUGCUCCCACAGGCCAGAUGCUGCUCUCAGCUUCUGGUCAAUGCAGCGUGGAGGUGUCUCUUGGUGGAAACAUUCCUCUCAUAGGUAUAAAACCUCUAAACCAGCAAAGCCCAGAGUUAGGGGGACCAGAAGCAAAACAUCUGCCCCUGGGGGACUUGCUGUCCUGCCCGGCCACCACUGGCUCCCAUACUGGGGUUCCAGGUCCGGGAGAACCACACACUGGCCGUGAGCCCAGUGUGCGCCACGGACUGGAGGACAGGGUUGGGUUUUUGUUUGGGGUUGUUUUGUUUGGUUUAUUUAUUGGUUUUAUUAAGGAAUCUGGAAGUAGGUUGAUUCCAGGAUUGGCUAAUGGGCUGUUGACCUGUCCUCAGACCUCAGACCCAGGUUUCUUCCAUCUUUCGUCAUGGAAGAAUUCACAAACCAAUUCCGUGUCAUGGGCUACUCAUACGUCAGUGAGUCCCUGGGCCUCGGCACCUGCAUGAUCUGGGGGCGCCAUGCUGUUCGGUGAGUCCAGGGUUGGUAGCACUAAGGCAGACUGAUGGGUGGGGAGGACCAGUCCAAAUCUUGUUCAACGUUGAUUCCUUGGAGGGUGUUGACACCUCGGGGCAAGCUGCCUCGUGCUCUGACUCCAGCCUUUUUGGGUCACCAGUAAAGGGCUGGAGCAGCACCACGUGUGGCACGUGUCACCUCAAAUGUCCAGACGUGGUACCCUUUUCUAAGUGGCCAGGGCCACCUGUCUUCAAUUCGGCCCAGGGCGAUGGCUGUGGCAUGGGGAGAUGGCAGGAGGCGGGCCCAGAAUCAGAGAGCUGACGUGGUCCCGAGGCAGGUCGUACGUGUGUGUGUGUGUGUGUGUGUGUGUGUGUGUGUGUGUAUAACACUUUGCUCCGAUCAGGCCGUGUCUGGAACAGAAGGGCCUAUUGGUAUCUUCACCUGGUCUAGUUCAGGAUAAUCUACUAACCAAGUGUUUACGAGAGCCCGUGAAGCCUUUCCCGGGAGCUCUGGGUCACCUGGUUAAUGGCCAGGAGGAAGGUUGUCAGUACCACACAGACUGUUUAAGUCCAGGCCCUAAGACAUUUGACCACUUGCUUCCGAGGGGGUCCUGGGCAACCCAGGCAUUGGGAGGGGACCACACCCCUAUCAUGAUGGCACAAUCACUUCUGCUUACUGCUUCUCGGGUUUUGUUGUUGUUGUUUCAAUGUUACAAUCAAAGUAAGAGUUUUGCAAACUGCUUAUCUGUUUUGGUCUUGAGCAUCUCAUGGACAGCUAAUCACAUCCUUCCCAUUGCAUUAGGGAAGCCCUCUCAAUGGCAGUGUCUCUGGUGGGGGGGCCCUCUCUGACCUUCAGAGAUAAGCCACAAGGGCACUUUCUAAGAGGCCGGUGCUUCCUUCCCCAGUGCAUUUCACCAGGUCUUGUAGGGAGGAGAGCUGUCUGGGUUUUUCCAGAUCAGGGGCUAGAGAUUGACUGCAUACAGUACACUCUUCAGGGGUCCCGGCUCCUGGAUUCCUUUCUCUGCAUCGUACUGAGGAAUUCAUGGGCCCACAGGGAGGCCAGUUUUCAGUCAACCAAUUGAGGAGAUAAUUAGCAUCACUCUCAGCUGCUCAAGCUAGCAAGGACGCUAGGUCUCUGAUGGAUGUACCUGUAUUAGAUAUUUUUAGCUUUGGCUUCAUAUAAUGAAAACAGAAAAUAGCAGUGGCAUAUAAGAGAUACUCUAUUUUUCUCUCACAUGGAAGAGAGGUGGGCUCCUCCUCUUUCUACACCACUUAGUAUGUGACUGCCAUCCUCAAGGUUACCUUGUGGUCCAUAAUGGCUGCUGGGAUUCCAGCCAUCAUGUCUACCUUUCAGGAAGCAGGAAGGAGGUAGCAGAAAAAGACAAAGGGCUUUCCCCAGCUGUCUAUCCCCCGAGACUGAACACAUCUUAAAUUUUUCACCUAAGGUGCCUCACUUGCUUCAUCCUUGCUUUUGUCCCGCUAGAAACAAUCACCUCUGACCCUGCAAUCCUUGAACACCUCAUUCCAAGGAACCACAGGCAAAAACUGAAUCAGCCUCUUCAUGACUGUGUGCAAUGCCAGAUUCCCAUCCCUGGAUGCCAGUGGGAUUGGGGGAAACAGAUUUCCUGGUGUAUAACAUAUACAUAUACCUAUGCAUAUCUAUAUCUAUGUGCAUAUACAAGUAUAUAGAGCUUUGUUCAGUGCUCUUCAGUGGAAGAGCAGCAUGUGCCUUUCAGUGGUGGCCUUGUUUAGCUCAGUAUUUUGUCUGGGAUUCAUGCAUAUUUUUCCAUGCAGCAGAGCAGAAUUCCAAUGUCUGAAUUUAGCACAAUUCAACCUGUUCUACAGCUUUGGGACUGUCUCCAGUGUUUUGGUGUUUUGAGUGAAGCUUCUACGAGCAUUCUUGUGACAUCUUUGGUGGACACGUGGGAUCAUUUCUCUUGGGUGUGCACCCAGGAGUGGAAUUGCUGGGCCAGUGCGUUUAGCUGUCCCCGGGCCCACGCUCCCCGGCAGCGUGUGUGAGUCAUUUGUUCCACAUCCUCACCAGCACCUCACUGCCUCCAUCUUUUUAACUGCAGCUGCUCUGGUAUAUGUGUGUACAAAUGGGAUGUCCUCUGCUUUCAGCCCCCCACUUCUCUGAGGGUCCAUUCCCUGAAAUGCAUUUCCAGCAUCAAUUUCUAUACCAGCCAACAUCCUUAGUUGCUGAAAACAGAAACCAACUCUGGUGAACUUAAGCAGAAAAGGGAUUUGUGGAAGGAAUUAGGAAGCUCGCAGAAAUGGGUGGGAAGGCUAGAGAACCAGGCCCAGGGACUGAGCAAGAAUGAAGGAAGGUUGGUGUCCCAGGUAACUUUCGACAGGUAACUAACCACUGCGAAACACAGCAGCUCAUUCCUCCACCAUUCAUCUGUGUGUGACCAGCUGAGCUCGGCUGGGAUGGGUUAUCUUUGCUCUGCACAGGGUUGGCUGGGCUCACUCAUGUUGAGGCUUCACCGGGGACGGCAGGAAUGGGCGGGGAGGGCUCCCUCCAUACGGUCUCCCAUCCUGGUGGACGAUGACCCAGGUUUGGUCACGUGGUGGGCGGUGUUCCAUGAUGCGAGAUUCAAGGCCUCCCGAGGCCCAGGCUUGGAACUCACCCCCGACAUCCCAGGGCCAGCAGGGAUCCAAGGGUUAGGAAAAGAGACUCCACCUCGUGACGCGAGUAACUGCUAUUUGUAAUCGGCUGUUUGCAACUAGGAAGCCGAGAACAGCAGGACCCGGAGAGUCAGGUUGGAACGGAAACCACCCGUGCCCGGCCCGUGGAGGUGCUCACUGCCUGGUGGGACCCCGGCUUCCGGACGCUGCCUCUGUGGCCGUUCCACCGCCCCCAGCAAGCACCCUGAACCAGCCCUGCGUCGCCGGGUACAGGCUGCAGACUCAAGGCCCCAAGAGGCCAUCUGAGAGCAGUGACCUGGUCUUUUCAGCUCACGUGAUGACAGGUUUCCCAAACACAGGAGGGAGACUCAGAUGCGCUGAGGCAUAAAUACUUUACAGGCCCUCCGUAGAGUAGAAAAUCAUACAGCUGUUCAAAAGGACUUCGUGGACCCCUGUGUACUGACGUGAAAGAUCUUCAAGACACACCAUCAACUUGGACAAACAAACAUGUAGAACAAUCCUGCCUUGAACAUUCACUGUUGUCUGCUGAGUGUCUCACACGUUCCUUCCCAAAACGACGCAGAUUUUCACUCCGGAACCUAACCCCCAUCCCCCCUCCGCUGAGCAGCAGUCCUGGGCGAUCCCAGGGAGGGGCCCAGGGGAGCCACAGUUACUGGUUUGGGGCGCACGUGGUUGGGGGCAAAGAGCUUAUGACCCAUGUCGGUGCUUCUGUUGGGGGAGGGGAUUCACGGGACACUUUCCCCUUGAAGACAGUUGUGUAUCCCUCGGGCAAGGAGAGGUGUUUGUUUGUUUUUAAUUUAUUCGAUUUACUUUUUAAUGGAGGUGUAUGUGACAUAAUGA